AUGACUAAGCCUAUUCCAGAUUGUGUCCGAGUGGAAAGAGACAUUGGUGUCAAGGGUAAUGUUAAAGAAGGUCCAUUAGACAAGGUUGAUAAGGGGACUGCUCAUGAGAAUGUUAAGCCUCAUGGUGUGGUUUAUAGACCAAAGCAGACUGCUCGUGUUCCAGAUUUGAAUAAUAGUGUUACUCAUAUUAGUGAUACUCUAGUAGCCAGUACCACAAAAUGGGCAGAUUUGUCAAAUGAAGAAAAUUUUGCAGUGGGUGGGGAGGUUUCAUCAAGUCUUGCACUUUUGAUAAAUGAUGGGAAUGUCAGGGUUUUUGACUCUUCUGAUGUUCAGCUUGAUAAUGUCAAUAGGGAUAAUGUUGUUGGCCUUAAUCCGGUUAGUGGUGCAGUUGAUGCUCCAAUUCUAGAUUCUAAUACCAUAGUUUCUCAACUAGUAGAUGUGGUCAUUCAAAAGGGAGAUGCAUUUACCAUUGUUCUUUCUAAAUCUCAACAAAAGAGAUUGAAAAAGAAAGCUAAGUUGCCUCAACAUGCUUCACAGGAGAUUCCUUAUUCCCUUAGGGGUCGUCAUUCUGAUCAAAUAUCUUAA